UAUUACCCAUUUCCGCUGCCUACAUCUCAACAUUAUUGGAUGAAUAUGCCAGGUUCUACAUUUCCUGUGAACUUCCAGCGCACCAGUGACUUUUCGGGCAACAUGCUACCCAGCCCCUCCAUAAUUCCAGCCUUUAAAUUCCAGUUGCGGCGAGAAACAGUUGACUGGAGGCGAUUCAGUGCUAUUGAUGUGGAACGUGUAGCUCGUGAGCUGGAUCUUUGCACUCUUCAGGAAAAUAUCAACAGCAUCACCUUUUGUAAUCUUGAUUCGGAGAAAUGCCCCUAUUGUCAGCAGCCAGUAGACCCUGUUCUCCUUAAGGUUCUGAAGAUGGCCCAGCUGACCAUUGAAUAUUUGUUGCACUCUCAGGAGUACUUAAGUAUGAACCUGGCACUCCAGGAGGAGCAGCACCAGGCAGUUCUUGAAGACUGCAAGCGUAUCAAGUAUGAUUUGGAUAAGCAAGCAGAAGAAUUAAAGGGGGUGAAGGAAGAGAGCAGGAGACGGAAAAAAAUGAUUGCCACUCAACAGCUGCUCUUGCAAGCUGGGGCCAACAACUACCACAAGUGCCAGCUCUGUGACAAGACCUUCAUGAAUUAUUCCUUUCUACAAGGCCACAUGGAGCGUCGGCACGCUGAAGCCACUGCACUUGAGCAUUUGAAGAAGAAACAGGUGCAGCAAAUGGAAAGUGAGAUCGAAGAACUGAAGGUCAAGUUGAAGGAGACCCAGGUCCAGCUGGAGGCUGAGAGUCAGCAAAGGGCUCUGGAAGCAGACCGUCUUCACCAAAGGGAAGAUGAGGAAAAGAGGACAUUUGAAAGAUGGAAGGAAGAGGAGAGAGCAAAGUUUCACACAGAAAUGGAAGAGCUCAGGCAACUUUUCCUCACGGAAAUCAAGGACUUUUCCAACAAAAAUUCUCUCUUGGAAGGAAAACUUCAGGAAUUACAAGUCAAGAGUGCAGUAGCCUCACAUCUUGGGACAUUGCAAGAUGAUGAUUCUUUUGAGAAACAACAGUGGACAAAGACUCAGAAAGAAUUACAAGGGAUGAAGGCAAGGAUUGAACAACAGCUGAAGAAUGAGAAUGAAAAACUCAGGUCUUCCUUGUCUUCUGACCAAUCUAAAAUGGCUGAAUAUAACAAGAAACAACUUGCCUCUCUUAUGACACAACUCAGAGAACAAGCUGGUGUCAUCCAAUCUCAGGAGAAUACAAUUAAGCUUCUGACUUCCAGCAAACCCAGAGAAAUCCAACAAGUACCCAAGACAGAAAAGCUGGAAGAAUCCAGUGAAGAAGAACUAGAUGAUACUUUGGACAGGAAGAAUAGAGUUCUGGAAACACUGCGGAAGGAUCCAAAUUUGUUGAAACAAUUCCGGCCAGUUCUGGAAGAAACACUUGAAUAUAAACUGGAGACCAUGGGAGUGAAACGAGGUACAAAAGGUAUCCCAGCUCAAACCUAUAAACAUUUGAGAGCUUUGAUCAAAAAAGAGCAGCAGCAGAAGGCUAAAACAUUUCCAGCUCUGCUAACCUUGAGAGAUAAACUUGAAAAAGAAGUUCAGAAGAAAGCCAUUCAGAAGGAUGAAGAGAAUAUGUCCUUGACGUUUUCUUCAAUCAUUGAAAAAAACCAAAGAGACCAGCAUUCUCCACUCCAGGUUACACCUUUGAAGAUUGGAAGACACCCAGUGGAAGUACCAUAUUAUGCCCUGAAGACACCCAAGCCAGCUCCUCGGAGCAAAGUUAGUUCCAUGACUAGUUCAAUAGAGAUUCCAAAGGUACCAUCUCCAAAUCAAAUUAGAAGCAAUUCACCUUCUCUUCAACAAUCUGCUGUCCACUUCCCCAGUACUUCACCUUUCAGCUCUGAGACUGAAGAGUCAGAGGAAGAAACAAACAUGAGCUCUCCAAAACACAUGUCCCUCAAGACAGAACCAAAGCAGAGCAAACCUGUCCCCAGAGCAGCACAGGUGGAAGAGAGUGAGUGGGAUUCAUCUGACACAGACUUUUCUAAGGAGAAACUUGGUGCAGGAAAGAGUUCUUCAGUUGCAGCAGGAACUCAUUCAGAAACACUAGUGCAGUCAAUGGCUAAAAAUCUGGAGAAGAAACUGAACAUACCUGUAAAGAAGCCUGUAGGUGGCGUGAAGCUCUUUGCCGUCCAAAGCAAAGAUGAUACUAAAACAAAUCAUCCCACAAAAAAGCUUCAGUUUGCCUAUGAGGAGGACAGUGAUUUGGAGAUUUCUUCUUUGGAGGAAAUCAGCCAGCACCUGGAACCUGAAACUAAGAUAAAGAAGCCACAAGGGGCAAAAGUUAGUGAGAGCUCUACUGGAUUACGGGGCACCAGUAUCUGGACUUCCAGUAGCACAAAGGCCUGGUGAUUCCCAUGGUUAGAUAAGUACAGAACCCAGUUGAGAUAGAAGAACAUUCCAUGACAGAGAAAUCAUGGGAUUUGAUAAUCACAAAGAAAGAACAAAAACACCAAAUACCAAAAGUAUCACAUUCAAGGUUCUAGGUUCUGUACAUAGUUUCAAAACAAAUAUUUAAUUAACAUGAGUUCUUCCAGUGGUUCUAGACUGAUUUGUUCUUUUGCUGAAAGUCAGUCUUGACAUGACAUUAUAAAUUAAAUUUUGUCCAGAAGACACAAGCCUGAUUCUUACAUCAUGCACAGCUAUAAUGUUGUAUAUUUGGGUCUGACUUAGUGUAUGUGAACCCAACCUUCAUGUACCAUGGGAUAUGAUUUAGCAUUAUAUUAUUGUUUUUAAAAAGCAUAUCUUAGUGCAGUAUAUAAAUGCAGCAGUAGAUGAAGGCUGAAUCAGACAGCAGUCAUGGCAUCAUAGCCUCAUUUGGGGGUUGUAAUGAAGUUUACAGUACACCUUUCACUGAUGUUCUAAGUGAAUUUAAGUGACAAUAAGAGGGAAAGAGGUAUAAUUCUUGUGGUCCACUUAAUGGGAAAAAAGGCUUUUGCUACAUUGUGC